AUAACUUUUCUGAACAUGCAGAUAGAGAGACAUUGUUUAAAGAUGUCCAAAGUAGCAGAAAGUUUAAUAGCCUACACAGAGCAGUAUGUGGAAUACGACCCCUUUAUAACACCUGCUGAGCCUUCCAAUCCCUGGAUAAGUGAUGAUGCAGCAUUGUGGGACAUUGAAAUGAGCAAAGAACCUAGUCAGCAGCGUGUGAAAAGAUGGGGUUUCUCCAUGGAUGAGGUGCUGAAGGACCCAGUAGGACGAGACCAGUUCCUUCGUUUCCUGGAAUCAGAAUUCAGCUCUGAAAACCUCAG